AUGGAGAAGGUGCCCGACCUUCUGGAGAAAUAUGCGGGCCAGGAGGACGAGGUGUACGACAAGGCGGUGCGCAUGUACGUCUUCCCGCAGGCGAGGGAGGUGUGGCUCCCCCUCAUCGAGGGGAUGUACCGCCGCUUCAACCCGGACAAGCUGACGGGCGACCCGGCGUUCCUGAGGCAGGUGCUGAAGAAGUACGAGGGGUCCGAGGCGAACCUCUUCAAGGCGCUCUGCAACAAGUACAUCUCG